GCCGCCAACAUGUCCGCCCUCCCCAGGUCAAUUGGAUCGCGGCUCCUUGCGCCUGCGCUGCGGCCCGCCGCCGCGAGGGCCGUUGCCCCUUCAUUCCGCGCCUACUCGACCAACGAGCCGACACCGCACGCACACAAGACGAGCCCCGAGGAUGCGCCCGCCGUCAGGCUCACGAGCUCUUCGACGCAGAUCCGCCAGGAGAGCGCUGCCGAGGGAAUGAGGCACCAGCCCGACUACAACGUCGCCACCGACUACCGUGUCUCCAACUUCUCCCCCAUCCCGAAGCGUGUCAUGGACGGAAGCGAGCCUGGCGAGGUUGUGCCGGCCGCGGUUCUUUCGGGCGCCCCAACCGAUCUCCAGGCGCGUACUGUCCGCAUCUACAAGCCCACCAAGACAGCCACACAGUCUGGAAACUGGAACUCAUCGCACUGGCUGAUGGACUGGGACGUCCUCCCCAAGGGUCACCGAUGGGAGAACCCCCUCAUGGGCUGGCAGUCGUCCGCCGACUACAUGAACGGCAUGCGGCUACCGUUCAAGAGCAAGGAGGACGCCAUCAACUUUGCUAACAAGCAGGGCUACGAGUACUUUGUCCAGGAGCCCAACAAGCGAAAGGUUGCUCCCAAGGCCUACGCCAACCUCUUCACUCACAGCCCCAAGAAGCUCAAGGUCAUAUUGACCAAGUAAGAGGUGGAUUCGGCAUGCGAGAGACGGCACAUGUCUAUACUGCAUUGAGUUAUAUUUCCAAUAUCUUUCAUGCCGAUUCCCAGCUGUGAUGCAACACUCCUUUUAUCGUCUAAAAUGGUCUAUCACUAUUUGCACGGAACAGCAUGUCUCUAUUGUACUCACAUUUCAGCCUCGAUUGGGCAUACUCGGAUCUUGGCGCCUUCAAGUAUGCUUUCACCGUCGGAUGACGCGCUGCAGACGCACUGCAGUCGCACUUUGCUC